CUAGCUGGACUGCACUACACAUUGAGGGGAAAACGCGUUCUUGCAGCGCUAAACUCUUCACUGCACUGAAGAAAGAAGGCGUCUUUGCUCCACGUUUCGCUAGGAGUGAAGAGUUCCAGCGUAUUUCUCGAGCACCUCUAUGAGCCCGUAGCUGCUUUCAUCGGGACCGUGGCUCCCCAGGCGCCGUUCGCCUCUGUUUACCAGAGCCGGGGAGCAGCGCAGGGGCACGGGGGGAUUGUGAGGCCGCUGGAUCAACCCUGCUCGGGGCCGCGUUCGCCGCCUGCCCCAGCCUGGAGCCGCUGCCGCCGCCUGGGGCGCCUGCGCGGCGGCGCUGCCCGCCCCGCACGGCUCCGUCCUGGCCAUGGCUCUGCGGCUGCUGCGCGGCGCGCCCGGGGCAGCGAAGUCCUCACUUCUUUGCCACUCGCGAAGCAGCUCCAGCUCUAAGCCAGGAGGAAGAUCUGAACCUGCUAAGCAGCCACUAAAGAAACCAAAGUUACCAGUAGGGCGGUUUGAUGAACCAGAAGAGUCCAGUAUGGAGAAGGAGCCCCUGGAAAAAUUCCCUGAUGGAAUCAAUCCUACUACAAAAGAGAGGGGUGGACCCAGAGGCCCUGAACCUACACGUUUUGGAGACUGGGAAAGAAAAGGACGUUGUAUAGAUUUCUAAUAUUUAAAUAACUGUAUUGCCAAUAAAAUAUUUCUAGUUGCUGAAAAAUAUAAUGUACAGAAAAAAAUCUCACCUGGAUUUGUCAUGGAGCUUCUGUCAUGCCACCACAUUCUGUCAUGUGAUGAAUUUUCUUAAUAAUGCAAUGUAAUUAAACACAGUGCUGCAGCUCAGAUUAUGGAGCUGUUAGUGGCUCAAUAUCUGCCUGAUCUUUUAAUACUAUUUACACUGUGCAAGUAUAAGUGCAAGUAUAGUGGUAUGAAAUUGGUAGUCAGGAGCUUAUUGAGAUGUACAAGGGCUUGUAUUUCCUCAUGAAUGUAAAGAUUUAUGUGGUGUUGUAAAAGUUUGCAUUUCAUGAACCUGGAGACCAUUCAUCAAAGGUAGAACCAACUCUGAGGAGAUUAGUAGGUCACUGAUUUCACACAGUGGUUACCUGUGCCAGCAGUUAGGAAAGCAGCACUUAAGCACUUUUUUGGACCUGUCUUCCUGCUCUUCCCAGAUAAUUACUAUUAGCAAUUCACUGGAAUUUAGCAUUAGGGUAAGAAAAUGGCUUGGGGCAUUAGCUAUUAGAUCAGCCAUAGGUAUGCUUUUAUCAUAAAUACUGAUUGAUUUUUUUUUUUUUAGCUCUUUUUGUUAAUAUAAAGAGUGAAGAGCAGCAGGGGCUAUAUCCUAACAUUUCCUGUUAACUUUCUGUGAGACAAAGGAAAAUUGUUCUGUGUGUGUAAGCAAAUUCUUGCAGUACUGCAGGAUGCUAGCUGCUCUGUUUCGUUUUCUUUAAUAAAAAUCUGUACAUUGUAUUUCUGCAGUAGGUUUUCUCUUUUAAACUUGUUUCUGCUACUUGACAUAGAUGCAUUUGGUACAUUAUUAAAAUUAUGAAGCCUUUAUUGUUUGAAGGAAUUGCACCAUAAUUACUUUAUUUCAAAAUACAUGAACUUUCAAUUUACAGUUCAAGAAAAUAUUUGCUAUAUAUUGCCCUGUUUAGAAAGUAUGUAUUUCAGUGUUGAUUUUAUUAAAUUGAAACACAGGAUACAUAAUAAAAUCACAGUAAAAUUACCUGUGAUGGUAGCAUAUGUUUGUAAAGCACCAUAGAAUGUUGUUAUAAAUCUUUACUACAUUUUCAGUUGACUGCAAUAAAUGAUGACAAAUUCCA